GGAAGUUUGAAUGACGGAUUUGACGGAAAUUAAGCGCGUGGGUUGUUUUGUGUUGGUAGUUGAUUUGUAAACAUUGUAAGUUAGUUUUGUUUGUUUGUUACAAAGAUACUCCAGCGUAUAUAUGCGUGUUGAUUAAAGAUAACUUCGCAUCGGUUGAGCAGCACGGAUUCACGAGUACAAGGGCGUGAGUUUUCGAAUCCCCGCCACGGUCGAUUCAUCUACGAAGCCGCACCCAACACCACCACCGUCACCCCCUUCCAGAUGGAGAGCCACGAGGAUGCCUGUGAGAAACUGGAUGGAGACUUCGAUCAUUUUCUUGUUGAUAUGAAGCCCUUUGUACUCAAGCUUCCACACAAGUCUGAUCGGCAACGCUGCGCACUGUGGAUCAAGAAGCUCUGUGAGCCGCCGGUAGCUCGCAGUGGAGCCCUGGGCACCUCAAGCCGCAAGAACCGCAAUGACUACGCACGUCUGCUGCUGCACAUGUUGCGCCGGAGUGUGCUGGAGGAGCCAUUCACUCACAGGCCUGACACGGGGCCCCUCAAGACGCUGCCGACUUACAUGGCCAUCUACUUUGACGAACCCCUGGAGGACAUUGUGACGAGCCGGGAACCCCCGGACUGGGUCACGGGUGCACUUGACGCACCAGAGGAGACCUCUAAAUGUUCGCUGAAAGAGGACGAACGCUCGCGUCCGCACCUCUCCUUCGAUUCAACGCGCAGUCGUCACAGGACAAGUUCUGAAAAUGAGGGAGCUUCCAGGCAGCAGCAAAGUGCCACCCUUGGGCCGGUUCUGAAGAGAUCCUUCAAGAGGACUCAGGACCAUCACACUGGACUCUCGUCUGAUGACAGUGACCUUGACAGCCGUUUUGGGGCUGGUGAUGAAAGAAAUGGAACAUUCCUUGACCAACAGACGGUUUCACAAAUGCACAAGAAGGAGCUGGAGGUGAGGACCAAACUUCUGGAGGUCAUGUUUCAGGAGGAGAAGCUAAAACUUCAGCAGAAGCACGAUGCGGACAUUCAGAAGAUUCUAGACCGUAAGAAUGGCGAGAUUGAGGAGGUCAAGUCCCUCAACCGGAGGAAGCAGAAGGAGGCAGACGACACCAUCAAGAAGCUGGAAAAGAAAGUGCAGGCCCUCAUGUGGGAGGCCCAGGUUCUACAGGAGAGCAAAGACAGGGAGCUGGUUGACCUGGCGAGAACUUCUGAGCACAACAUUGAAGACCUCAGGUCCCAGUAUGAGAGCAAGCUUGCGGAGACCACGUCGGAUUUCGAAGUGGAGAAGCUGCAGCUUCAGAAGCGCCACACGGAAAACAUCCAGGCUCUGUUGGACGACACCAACACACGUCUCGCGGCCAUGGAGGACGAGUAUUCGUCACAGUCGCGCGCUACGGUGGAGCAGACACGAGAGCUGGAGUCUCGUGUCCAGCAACUGAGCAUCGAGGCGGAGAGGAAUUCAUCACUCGGGCAGCGGCUCGGUCAGGAGAAGGCCCAACUGGAGGCACAGUGCAGUACGCUCAGCUCAGAGCUGGAAUACAGCAAGAGCAGAUACGCAAGCUUGGAGCAGGAGAGCGAGAGGUCCCGGCUGGUACUGGAGGAGAAGUUGCAACAGUGCCGGGGACGCCUGGAGGCACAGCUGGAGUCGCUGAAGCAAGACAACGCUCGUGCAGCCUCCGAGGCAACCGCUGUCAUUGAAGGCCUCGAGAAGGAAGUGUCGGAGCACAAGGGAUCGCUCAGGGAAACCGAGCUGCAGAAACAGAGACAGCUCAGGGAGCAAGAAAAUCAAUUCAAACAACAAAUUAUUGAGUUGGAACAGCUCAGUGAGAAAAAGAUACGAUCCGUGCAAACCGAGGUGGAAGAAACCAAGGCUGAUGCGCAGAGAAAAAUACGCCAGAUGGAAGAUGGAAUCAGAGAGAAGGAGGAACGCCACACCAGGGCCUUGGAGGCGGAGAGGGCUCAUGCCCAGCGAGCAGAGGCUGCCCUGGAUGACUUCAAAAAGCAGGUGGAGCUCAACGCAGAGAAGAUAUAUGGCGAGAUGCGACAUCAGAUGACGAAGGUGGAGAGCGACUUGUCCCGCUCCAAGUCACUGCGGGAGAAGCAGGCGAAGGAGUUCACGAGACAGCAGGAGCAGUUGCGGCAGCGUUACGAGCAGCAGAUCGUGGAGCUACGCCUACAGCAGGAGCAGGACAAGACGCUGGCCCUGCAGCAUCACGGGGCGGACAAAGAGCGGCUCUUGAAACUGCACCAGGAGGAGAUGGAAAGCCUGGAGGCUCGGUUGCGAGCCACCGCCAUGGAGCAGGAGUCUCACUUCCAGGAGAGGAGGAAACGAGAGGCGAAGACGGUGUCCGAACUGGAGAGGAGAUUGUCAAAUGCUGCUGUGCAGCAGGAGGCGGAGAGGCAGAGGGCCUCACGCGAUCUGGAGGCUGCACAGGCCAAGUUCCGGCUCCAGCUGGAGAACGCCCGCGUGGAGAUGCAGAGGGCCCACGGCAAGCAGAUGGAGCAGGCGCAGGAGAAGGCCAGCGCGCGGCUCAGACAGAUGGAAAAGGAGUGCAAUCAAAGGCUGGCCGCCUCCGCGCAGGCAAUGGCGGAGGUGCAGACGAGCACGGCGACCCUGAAAGACGAAGCGAGCAGGCGUCAGCUCGCGCUGGAGAGGCUCCUCAACGAGGCCCACGCGCAGAGGGACGGUGAGAAGAGGACGUUACUGGAGGAGCACGGCAGAGAGACGCAGGCCCUUCUGACGGAAGUCGAGACGUGGCGCGUGCGUGUGCAGCUGUUGGAGAAGGCGCUGCAGACGCAAGAACUGCAGCACCAGCAGCAGAUGACACAUUUGCGUCAGGAGCAUGAGGGCAGGAUGAAAGGACUCGUGCCCGCCAGCCUCCGGCAGGAACUGGAGGACACCAUCACAUCUCUCAAGUCGCAGGUGGUCUCCUUGCAGAAGAGAGCAGCUGUUCUGCAGGAGGAGCUGUCAUCCUGCCAGCUCAAGAGGUGAAGCCACUCGUCAACACGGAGGAUGAAGCCACUGCAUCCGCAAGGGAAUUGGAGAUAAUGAAACUUCUGGCCUUUAACUUUACUUACACCUCAACCUCAAGCCAUGCAUCGUUACUUCUCCUCCUCCUCCUCUCGUCGUCUCCUCUCAGUCAAAGGACCAUGCAUCCUCGAAACAAGCUGCAAGCCACACCGAACAUCGCCAAGGUGAUUUCGUCACUUCGGCCUCGGUUCCAUCCUCCGACUGCACAUUAUGAUUUGUGUCGUCUUCCCAUUGGGAUCAUCAUUACAUCCUCACUUUAAUGUCGAACGCAUUGAUGUACAAGUUUUUUUUUUACGUGCAGCAUUUCUCAACCCCCGAUAUUAAAACUAAUUUAUAUAAGAGGCUGUAAGUCAUUUAAUUUAUGUUGAAGGUUUAACAUAAUAGGGAAGGGUGAAAAACUACGUAUUUUCCUUAAGCUAUUUCGGUCAGCUGUAAGGCCUUAUUGAUGGAGAUGCUACUCUGGGCCAGGAAGCCAAGUGAGCUACGAGUAGACCUUUACACAAGCGGAGCACACUGAGUUGAAAAUGCUGUUCCACAUCAUUGUGAUUCUCUGUGUGCUUUAUUGAAAUGCAUGUUACUCGAUGUUGUUAAAAGCAAAGUCCCUGAAGAUACGGAUAUCUCUGAACACUGGCUCAGCAAUCCGUUCACAAAGUCACAAAGCGUCCCGCUGCUCAAACGAGCAACGUGGCAGCGAUUAUCUGCUUUGGUGGCCAUGAGCCAUUGAUGGAAAUUCCACAUUCUCACAGCAGGCCCCGUUGGUUCGCUCCAUGGGACGACUAAUGUGGACUUCCCCAAAAGCGAUACUCAUUCUACCGAUCCUGAAGAGAUGGCAGGCUUCGCUCACCUUCGACUGGGAUUUAAACUCACAAAAAAUGUAGGUGCCCAAAGCACAGCACCGCCCGGCCUGAUGUAGACAGUGUAGUGAGAGCCUCGAGGUAUUGACUGUUGGUAGAUUUAUUCGCAGCUUUGCCCGAUAUAUACAGAUGUAUAAAACAGAAGAUGGUGCAUGUGGUUGGGGACACGUUUAUCCUAAUAAUGUCCUUCGCAUAAAGAGGCCAUUUUAUUCAAAUUAACCAUAGAAUUGGAAAUUGUCAAUUAAGAAAAAUACUGUUAAAUUUCUACUAUUUUUACAGCAGGAAUUGUUUAUCUGAAAGUGCAAAUCACGAGCUCUCAUGCGCUUGACUAAUAUUUUGUGGUUGCGAUGCUCUGUUCCACUAGGCAGCUGAAAAUGGGCAUUUAGCAGGAAGGCAUGCAGUCAAUUACACGCCAGCAUGCUUGAGCAAGGGGUGGUUUGUUUUAAUGGCGGUCCAAUGUGCUCAGAGGUGCCGUAGAAUUUCCAGUUUUAUAUUGCCAGCACAUCUCAUUUUCUAUAACACAUUCCUGCGGACGGAGCUGGUAGGAACGUUGGGUUGCUCGGUCAAUGGCCACGGUCAACGGCGGCGUGGUGUAUUCCGCAAAUAUAGCCGACUGUGAGGGCGGGCACAAGCCGGCGUGAGUAGGUUAAACGUUGAGUUUUAUA